GAAAAGACGGAAAAAUCUGUUCAGAGAAAACGUUGGUUCUCCUGGUAAAGAGCCCUAAAUCCUAAUUACUCCUCCGCUGCAGCAUUCUUCUCUGGCUGACUUUACCCAUCCUUUUCCGCCGCUUUCGGCCCUGCCACCGGGGUGACUUGCCGCCUAACGUGCUCAGCCUCCAUUGACCUCGAGUCCUCGACCCGGUGCCCCAAUUUCCCCCGCCCAGCAAAAAGUCCUAGGCAGAGAGCGAAGAUCUAAAGCAAAAAAUUUAGCUAAUCUCCGCAGAGUUUGCAAAGGAGGCAAUUUUCCACCUUGCAGCAGUAACCAUUGACUGACUAGAACUCAGUUGUUGUCUCCUGGUACUCGUUGGAGAGAAUCAACAUCCAGCUCAACUUGUGACUGAGAGUAAGAGCGGAUAAUAUGUCCAAAGUGAAGGAUAAAAAGAAAAGGUUGAGAUCUGUGGCACAGCACACAGGCAAUACUGAUGAGGCUUACAAAGUUGAUCAGCCCAAUAGCAAAGAUGAACUGGGAGAGCAUGAAGACAAUCAUGCUAAGAGAAAGUUGAGGAAUAAGAAACGAAAGAAUAACCAGAUAGCUGAAAGAGAAAGUAUUGACAGGGACAAGACUUUUCAUGAAACAGAAGAUGGAUUAGGUGAACAAAAUGGCAUAUCCGAUGAAGUGCAAGAAAAUGAGAAAAGAAAACUAAAGAAAAAGAAGAAUAAAAAGGAAAAGAAAGCCCGGUUCAGCAACAUGAAGUCUAUGGUUGAAGAUAAUUCUGAGCGACAGAUUGAUGGAUUAGGGGAACAAAAUGGCAGAUCCAAUGAAGUGCAAGAAAAUGAGAAAAGAAAAUUAAAGAAAAAGAAGAAGAAAAAGGAAAAGAAAGCCCAGUUCAGCAACGUGAAUUCUAUGGUUGAAGAUAAUUCUGAGCAACAGAUUGGUAAGUCGAGAGAAAAUCAGAAUAAGGACUCUAGAUCAUCAAAUUUGGAGGAGAAUUUAAUACAGAAGAGAGAUGCUGAUGCAGAUGAGAUCUAUGAGAUUUCUUCUGGGGAUGAAGACUACUCAAAAGGAAUGAAAAAAUGGAUUAUGGAAUACCAUCAGCGAAGACCAGGAUUAAAAGUACUACAGGAAAGAAUUGAUGACUUUAUAACUGCUCAUGAGGCACGGGAGGAGCAGGAAAGAAAAGAAAGAGAAGCCCUUGCUGCUGAAGAUGGAUGGACUGUUGUUACUCAUCACAGAGGCAGGAAAAAGACAACAGAUACUGAAACUGGAGUAACUGUUGGCUCUGUUGCCCAGGCUGCUGUUCUCGACAAAAUGGCCAAAAGGAAAAGUAAAGGAGUGGGGCUAGAUUUUUAUCGCUUUCAGAAAAGGGAAGCACGGAAAAAUGAGAUUUUGUUGCUGCAAGACAAAUUUGAACAGGAUAAAAGGAAAAUACAGCAAUUAAGAGCAGCGAGGAAAUUCCGACCUUAUUAAGUGCUUCUAUUAUGUAUUUCUAGGAAAUGCUUUCUUAAUUUAUUUGAAGUCGCAACGUUUUUAAAAUCCAUAGAAUGUGCGUCAAUAGAUAUCAUGGAACUGAUUUUAAUCUGUAAAGGAUGGAGAACAGGAAAAACAAAUAAGCUGUCUGAAUAUGAUUUUUGUUGUCACUGGAAAUCAUUAAUAAUUUUUUU